CGGAGCGGGAGCCGGAGCCGGACCUGAGCUGGUGAGCUGCCACUCUGCGCUGUGCUGUACGCCGUGGGUCGGGGCCUCGGAGCGGCACGAGUUGGGGGAGGAGCGAGCUGCCCUCGCCGUUGGAUGGGGGUAUCCCCGGGAGCGCGGCCGGCGGGCGGAGGUUGUAACACAGAAUUCUGAUAUCCAAAGAAAUGAGAAAAACAUUGAGAAAUUGUUAUGGAAACAUGAAGAUAUCAAAAAUUGCAUAUCCAUUGGGACUCUGUGUAUGUCUGUUCAUAUAUGUUGCAUAUGUAAAAUGGCGGUGGGCCUUUGCUACCCAGAGAAUCUUCAGCAUAACCGAGACUGCUAUAGGGACAAAAAUAAAUCAACAACUGGUGACAGCUAAUCGUGCAGUCUUCUAUGGAAUUAUGUUUGAUGCUGGAAGCACUGGAACUCGAAUACACAUCUUUCAGUUCACUCAGACUGCAAAAGAAACUCCCACUUUGACCCAUGAGACAUUCAAAGCCCUGAAGCCAGGACUUUCUGCUUAUGCCGAUGAUGUUGAUAAGAGUACUCAGGGAAUACAAGAACUACUGGAUGUUGCUAAAGAAGAAAUUCCUUUUGAUCUGUGGAAGGUCACACCUUUGGUUCUUAAGGCAACAGCUGGUUUGCGACUGUUACCAGGUGAAAAGGCUCAAAAGUUGUUACAGAAGGUAAGAGAAGUUUUUCAGGCAUCUCCUUUCCUUGUAGGAGAUGACUGUGUUUCCAUAAUGAAUGGAAGUGAUGAAGGAGUUUCAGCGUGGAUCACAGUGAACUUUUUAACAGGCAAUUUAAACACUCCAGGAAAGAACAGUGUAGGCAUGCUGGAUUUAGGAGGUGGAUCAACACAAAUCACAUUUCUUCCAAAAAUCGAGGUCACUCUGCAGACAUCCCCAGCUGGAUAUAUAACUUCAUUUCAGAUGUUCAAUAGUACCUACAAGCUAUAUUCAUACAGCUACUUGGGACUUGGUUUGAUGUCAGCAAGGCUUGCAAUCUUAGGAGGAGUAGAGGGAAAACCUGACGAGGAGUUGGUUAGUCCCUGCUUUCCUCCCAGUUUUGCCGGGGAAUGGGAACAUGCUGAAAUAACAUACAAAAUUUCAGGGCACCAAACAGGAGUUCACCUGUAUGAAUUGUGCUCCAAAAGAGUAUCAGAAAUCCUUCAUAAUAAGGUGCAUAAAACUGAAGAAGUUAAGAACUUGGAUUUUUAUGCUUUUUCUUACUAUUAUGAUCUUGCAGCAAAUGUUGGUCUCAUAGACAAGGAGAAAGGAGGCAGUCUCACGGUUGAAGACUUUGAAAUUGCAGCAAAAUAUGUUUGUAGAACCAUGGAUGUUAACCCACAGGAGAAUCCUUUUAUUUGUAUGGAUCUUACCUAUAUUAAUUUGCUACUUCAAGAAUUUGGGUUUCCAAAAACCAAAGUGCUUAAGCUGGCUCGGAAAAUUGAUGACAUCGAAACCAGCUGGGCCCUGGGAGCCACUUUUCACUACAUUGAUUCGCUCAGCAGACAACAGAACAAAGUCUCCUAGUGCCUGAGACCUUCAUGUGAGCCUUAGUUUGGAGAACACUGCCAAACCCAUUUUGAGCAGAGCCCUUGAGCACCUUAAUGAGGAGUCAGCGAUAUUACUCUGGAAGUUUUUCCACAAAAAUUGCUACAGUCUCCAUGAGAACCUGACACCUUUGUGGAAUUUAUGUGACUCCAUCUUCUAUUGAAUGGCAUUUGGGAACAGUUUGGUGAACAACCAAGUAAACAUUUCCCAACUGUGUUAAUUAAAUCCUAAUUUAUUAUGAUUUGAUUUUUAACGAAGACUUCACUAUUUAUGUUUUGGACAGUUUCUCUUGGUGCAUUGUGAUGCCUUUUCAGUGCUAACCCCUGGUACACAUCCAUUGACGUUAGUGUGUGGGCAAUAGACUGCUUUGUUUUAUUCAGUCCAGAAUGCAUUUUUAGUCCAAUUUUGAAGUGUGUAACUUGUUCAGUGUCCAUACAACCCAUAUUGAUGGCAAGGCAGACUUGUAUAGUUCUUCUAGAGGAUCAUGAGGGACCUAGGCACUCUUCAUUUACUUACAGGAUUCUUUUGUCUCUCAGUAGUUUUAUGUGGACACAAGAGUUAUGUGAGCUAAGUUUAGGCCAGUUUUUUUCAGCCAGUAGAUAACAACCCCCUCCACAACUGGCCAGAAAGUUGUGGAAAGGAGGAUGCACUGACAGAUCCCCAUGUUUUCCAGCAUUUCCAGUACUGUGAAGCCCUCCUUCCCCAGUGGAACAUGGGUUAUGUCCGUCCUAUACUUCUGUUUCUACCUGUUUGCUUUCAUAGUGACCUUAACUUCUCCAUUUGCCCCUAGGAGAAGUUGGUGAAGAGAUAACAUACAAUUUGGUGGGUUUUGUCUUCCCUUUGGGGUGACAAAGUGAAAAUUGAGCCCUGGUAGGAUAGACUAAUCCUAAGUGUGUGGGCUAUGGUGAACUUUAGAAUUGAAAAUGGUUAUCUCUGUAUGUAUAUUCAAAUUCACUUUUUCCAGAGAGACCUGCCCUGUUAUAUGCUUACAAGGUUUGGUUUUAGAUUUAAUUUUAUCCUCAUCAGAAGAGGUGUCACUGUGAUUGUAAACACUUCUAUCUCCAGGGAAGAUACCAUAAAAGGUGGUAGAAUUUCAUCUUCAUUUUAUGUGUGGCUGGCUACAAGAAAUUAACUGAUGAGCAAAAUUCUGAGCAUUAAUGGAUAUAAAUGCAUUUACUUUUUUUUCUUUUCAAAAAUUCUUCACUUGAAGGAUCACUGACUUUUCAGACUUUCUGAGUGUCCCUCCCCCUCCUCUGGGCAUUGUCUUCCUCGUCCAAGUGAAUGUAUUGCUGCAUUGAGCCAGGUUUGCAGCCAAGCUGGGUUGGUAACUGGAACAGUGUCAGUGCUACAGGGAAAUCAAGGGAAAUGUUUCAAAGCAUCAAACACUGACUUUGUGAAAUUUUUUUCUGCUCCAUCUGAAACUGGAUUCAAGUUCCCAAAAUUUCCUCUCCACUCUUCUUGAAGUUACAGACAGAUUGUAGGAUAUUUAUUAACACGCAGUGGCAUUUCAGGUACUAAUACUAGUACUAGAAUUACUAGUAUUAGGUACUAACUCACCUCAAUGAUCUCCAAGCAUCUAACUGUAAACUACCUCCAUGGUACUGUCUCUGUAUAUUGGUCACCUCCAGUCACUGUUCUUGUUCUGCCAAAACAAUGUUUAGGUACUCAUUGGUCAUUUCCUUAAAAAACAUCUGUGCCCAUAAAUAUCUGAAACAGCCAAGUGUUGUACACGU